AUGACCUCUACGCAUUCCAACGAUCCCACUACUUCUUUCAGGGGACUUGUUGCUUCUCUCCCAGACUUUUGGCAACAUGCGCCAGAGCUUUAUUUUUUCCGUAUUGAGGCGACUUUUCACUCCGCCAAGAUAACACGUAAAACCGACAAGAAUUAUAAGUUGGUCGAGGCCCUUCCUCCCACCAUUCUUUCUCAAGUGCAGACGCUUCUGAGAGAUCCCCCGACUGAUGCUCCCUACACCAAGUUAAAGGCUGAACUUCUUCGCCUGACAUCAGUCUCCGAUCGGCAGCGUUAUCACGCGAUAGUAAAAGAGGAGGCCUUAGAUGAUCGCAAGCCGUCGGAACUCUUGCGUCGUAUACGUUCUCUGGUUGGGAACAUGAAAAUCGACGACAAGUUCUUUAAAGAGAUGUUCUUAGAACGUCUACCGACGUCGGUACAAACAAUCUUGGCCUCUGGCUCCGACGACCUAGACAUAUCAGAGCUAGCGGAGAUGGUUGACCGUAUGACCUUCCGCCAGCUGAAGGCCUCCCUGCGCGCCGCGGCCGAUCCGGAGAACUGGACGGACCACCUUCCCCUGGUCCUCUUGGGCAUCCGCUCCGCUCUGAAGCCGGACCUUGAUUGUUCCUCAGCUGAACUGGUGUUCGGCGCCACCGUCCGACUCCCCGGUGAGAUGAUCUCGUCAACCCCGCAAGGUGCAGUUGAGGAUCCUGCCAACCUCCUGCAUCGCCUCCAGCAGUUUAUGCGGACACUUUCUCCGGUUCCUCCCAGUUCCUCCGCCUCUCCGUCUUAUCUCGAGAAGGACUUGACAACGUGCUCUCACGUCUACCUUCGAUGUGAUCGAGUCCGCCGGCCUCUGGAACCGCCCCAUGACGGCCCAUUUCGGGUGCUCUCUCCCGGGCCGAAGACUUUCCGCAUUCAGCGCGACAAUCGUGAAGAGGUCGUGAGCGUGGACCGUCUCAAAGCUGCCGUCCCGGACACUCCUCUGGAUGAGCCCUGUGGUCCCCCACCUUCUGCUUCCUACCACGCAGCCUCUUUUUCACCGUCCCGUAUUUUCCCUCUGUCCUCCUGUCCGCUACCUCCGACUGCCACCACCGACUCCAACACUUCCGCCACCAGAUGUAUUCACUCUUCUACGGACCCUUUAUAUAUCACUCGCAGUGGUCGUCAUGUACACUUUCCUGAUCGGUUGGUCACUCAUUUCUUUUAG